CUCGUCUGACCCCAGCAAGGCAGGAAGUGCUCCCGGCCCGCCUGUGGACGGACUCUCUCUGGCCGGAGCGUCUCCGUCGGCCUGUGUUCGGACGACACUCCGCUAAAUUUAGCGCGCGCGGCGCGUCUCCCGGAGCGGCGCGUCCCGGCGAAGCCUCUGACAGCCGCGCAGCGCGUGCGCUCGUUUCACUGCUGCCGACGUCACAUCCAGCAUGGCGGUCAAGGUGCAAGCAACAAAACGAGGCGACCCCCAUGAGUUGAAGGCUAUUUUUCUGAAGUAUGCCAGCGUGGUGGAGGAUGGAGAGCGUUACAUGACCCCCAAGGACUUUGUGCAGAGUUACCUGGGUCUGCACACACAGCCGCUACACAAUCCCAAAACUGUGGAUUUAAUAGCUGGAGUAGCAGAUACCACCAAAGACGGAUUGAUCUCUUUCCAGGAGUUUCUGGCCUUUGAGUCAGUUCUGUGUGCCCCGGAUGCCCUUUUUAUAGUUGCCUUUCAGUUGUUUGACAAGACCGGCACAGGGAACAUCUCAUUUGAGAACGUACGCGACAUCUUCAGCCAGACUACAGUUCAUCACCACAUCCCCUUCAACUGGGAAUGUGAUUUCAUCCGGCUACACUUCGGCCAUGAAAGAAACAAGAACCUCAGCUACGCAGAGUUCACUCAGUUCCUGCAGGAGCUGCAGUUGGAGCACGCUCGCCAGGCGUUUGCACAAAAAGACAAGAACAAAAGUGGCGCUAUCACUGCCUUGGACUUCAGCGACAUUAUGGCCACCAUCAGACACCACAUGCUGACUCCAUUUGUAGAGGAGAAUCUGGUUUCAGCUGCAGGAGGCAGCACAUCCCACAUGGUGAGCUUCUCCUACUUCAGCGCCUUCAACGCCCUCCUCAACAACAUGGAGCUGAUUCGCAAGAUCUACAGCACCCUGGCCGGCACCUACAAGGACACCCUCGUCACCAAAGAGGAGUUUGUUCGCGCCGCAAAUAAGUUUGGUCAAAUCACCCCCAUGGAGGUCGACAUCCUCUACCAGCUCGUCGGGCUCCACUCCCACUCCGGGCGGCUGAACCACGCAGACAUUGAGAGGAUAGCGCCGCUGGAGGAAGGAGACAUGCCAUACCACCUCGCAGAGACCCACAGACAGCACGAAACGUCUCGGUCCGUCUGGCUCCAGGCUGCGGAGUCUGCCUACAGGUUUACCCUGGGCUCAAUCGCUGGAGCCACCGGUGCCACGGCCGUCUACCCCAUCGACCUGGUGAAGACGCGCAUGCAGAACCAGCGCUCCACAGGCUCCUUCGUGGGAGAGCUGAUGUACAAGAACAGCUUUGACUGUGCAAAGAAGGUGCUCCGUUAUGAAGGCUUCUUUGGAUUCUACAGAGGUCUCCUCCCGCAGCUCAUUGGCGUUGCUCCGGAGAAAGCUAUCAAACUCACGAUGAAUGAUUUUGUCAGAGACAAGUUCACCACAGAAGACGGCAGCAUCCCUCUCGCUGCAGAGAUUCUUGCUGGUGGAUGUGCUGGAGGCUCCCAGGUGAUUUUCACCAAUCCUCUGGAGAUCGUUAAGAUCCGUCUGCAGGUGGCCGGAGAGAUCACUACAGGCCCCAGGGUCAGUGCCCUCAAUGUUGUGCGGGACCUGGGCUUCUUUGGCCUCUACAAGGGAGCCAAGGCUUGCUUCCUGCGCGACAUCCCCUUCUCCGCCAUCUACUUCCCGGUGUAUGCCCACACCAAGACGAAGCUGGCAGAUGAGGACGGGAGGCUGGGGCCGCUGCAGCUGCUCACAGCUGGAGCCAUCGCAGGCCUACCGGCGGCGUCGCUGGUGACCCCUGCCGAUGUCAUCAAGACCAGGCUCCAGGUGGCGGCCCGCGCAGGCCAGACGACGUACAGCGGAGUCAUCGACUGCUUCAGGAAGAUCCUCAACGAGGAAGGCUUCAGAGCUUUUUGGAAAGGCGCAGGAGCUCGUGUCUUCAGGUCGUCGCCACAGUUCGGCGUGACCCUGGUGACCUACGAGCUCCUGCAGAGGUGGUUCUACAUCGACUUCGGAGGACAUCGUCCUGCUGGGUCAGAGCCCACUCAUAAGCCGAAGGCCGAGGACUUGCCUUCCGUGACCGCAGACCACGUCGGCGGCUACCGUCUGGCUGCCGCCACGUUCGCCGGCGUGGAGAGGAAGUUCGGCCUGCACCUGCCCAAGUUCAAGCCUUCUGGAGGGGUGACGAUCACAGCGGCCGAGUCCAAAACGGAGCCUCAGGCCUCGUAAACGGCCGCGACUGUGAGGCUGGUUUUUUUUUUCACCAAAACCGUCCAUUCAGUGCAUCCCAGCGAUUGUCUUACUCAAAAUGCUGCAUGAAUACGGCUUUACUGCAUUUACUUUGCAUUGCUUGGCACAAUAUUCUUGUACAUUUGUACUUCUCUACAGAGGGACAUUAUGGACAUUACAAAACGAUUGUUUACUGCGGUUUUUCUCUGGUGUGCGAUAGCUUUGGCGUGCAUGUGUCGAAUGCCUUUAAAAGACACAAGGAUUACAGAUAUUUCAAAGUAUUUAUUUUGAAAUCAUUACCAGGGGACUUGGGAAAUAAUUUAAAUGUAUUUAUUGUAUUUUAUUGAAAUAAAUCAUUCAAACUGUU